AUGAACAAAGAAAGCCUAUUGAGCUUUGGCGCCAAAACCCAGAGCUCUAAUCUCGAUGGCUUCCCCUCCCAUCUAGGAUGUGGCGUUCUUGCUCCCCUGCAAAGAAACAUUAUUACACGAAGAAACGUGAACAAACGUGCAAAACUGGUUUCAGAGGAUGAUCAAACCAAUUAUAAAAGAGUGGUAGAGGAUAAAAGGAAUUACUUGCAUAAUGUGGUACAAAUCAUACUUUCAGGUGGCGGUAGAGACCUCCCCGUUUGUGAAAUCAACAAGCAUGUUACUGCAUUGGCAAACUACAAGCACUCUGAACAGGCAAGACUAGGCGACUUUGUCCUCAACGCUAUUGAUAAGACAUUCAAGGACACUGUUCAACAAAAAGCUUGGAAUGCUCUCAACAUAGACAACGGUGUCACUGCAAGCAAAGUGUUUGUGGAGGAAUUCAAUUCUUGGAACGCCAAUCUUGAGCUUCUUCUGAAAGCUUUCUUAUACUUGGACAGAGUUUAUCUACUACAGCACCCCAAAAAACAGCCCAUUCAAGAACAUGGAUUGCGUCUUUUUGCGGAGACUUGUCUUGGGGAAGACAGUGAGCAUUUUCGACUCAUUAUUGAAAAACUCAUAAAAUCCAUGCAUUCGACAAUCAUCGAAGACCCCGGAUUGAUGGAUCACAAAGCAUUCAUUUCGCUUAUGCGCCUCAUUGGGAGGAUAGAUUUCGAUAAGACGUAUGUUCUGAUUAUGGGGCUUGAAAAGGUCCUUUCUCUGAACUACUAUCAUUGGAAUUCACUGUGGAUGCAAUCGCCCACUACAUAUUUUGACAAAGUUCUAAGCAAUUUGAGGAAUGAUAUCCUACUAUUCAAGCAGAUGGGUUACAAUGAGACGGCUGCCACAUUUGCAAGACAAGUGUUGCGGCAUACUAUUAUCACUGAUCUUUCAAAAGUAUUGUCAACCUGUUUGGCUCCUCUUCUUGACACUACCAGAUCAACUGACUUAGGUAUCCUUAUAAAGUAUCUUCUUGCAGAGGGUGAGACCGUGAAUGCUGACUAUGUCAAAGAAGUAAUAUACUAUUUUGGUAUGCAUAUUCAGGCGGAGUCGGGACGUACGCUCGAGUCGUGCUCCAUCUCCGGGAAGAACCCGAUUCCCGAACUUAUAAAGUUGAGAGAUCGCUACUUUGACGUUUGCAAAAACCUAUUGUAUGUCAACGCCGAUAAAUUUGAAUUCGAAGUCAGAUCUGCCUUGUCGAAAACUAUAUCUAGUGCUGAUAAUCAGAAUUUCUGUUUGCGGCAGUUUUCGAAAUACUGCGAUUCGUUCUUCAAGUCCAAGGAAAGAGAUAUUGAUGCCUUCAUAUCGACGCUCAUAGCUUUUUUUAAGCUCACGGAGAACAAGAGCAAGCUACUUAGUAACUAUGAGAGAGAUCUCUCGAAAAGGCUACUAUUGGGAAGAAACUUUAAUUUCUCCAUGGAAUGCAAAAUUGUUGAGUCCUUGCUCUCCGAAGUAGGAGAGGGAGUCGACGGCUCCAAGCUAAAAUAUAUGAUUGGUGAUUUGAGGCGAUGCUAUGAUGAGUAUUCACACGUGAACGUUGAUAUCAACUUCUUUCCGCUUGUUCUACAGAAGUCCAAUUGGCCUGAUGUUCCUAAGCAUUCCACCGACAUUAAGCUUCCAGAGGCUUUGCAGCACGCAUUGACUACAUUCACCGAUUACUAUGUUCGAUCGAAUAAGAAACACAAAUACCAGCAACUUGAUUGGACAAAUUAUAUGUUUCAUCAGCUCACGUUGCUGGUCCAUUUUGAUAAAGGCCCGAAGGAUCUUCAAGUGAAUCUUUUACAAGCGACAGUUAUCUUGCUGUUUUCAGAGAUUGAUACGAUUACUUUUAAAGAACUACAUGAACGGACCGGAAUUGACGAGCUGCUCUUGCAUAAAGUUGUUUCAUCCUUGAGUUCAACAAAAUUCCCUCUCUUGAGAAGAGAUGGGGAGCGCUUUGCCUUCAACUUUACCUUCUGGGAUAAGGCUCAGAAGAUCAGACCGCCCAUGUCCAAAGACAAGGAAAAUGCUAUUACCGAGGCGGUUAAGAAGGCGGAAAAGAGAAUUAGGGAUGAUGAGAUUAAGGCGGCAGUUGUUCGUAAUAUGAAAGCGAAUAAAACGAUGCUCUACCCAGAACUCAUUGGUCAAGUUUUGAUGCAAUUGAAGAGUGAGGGAGAAAUUCUGGUGACUGAUAUGAAAAAGGCUGUCGAACAGUUGAUCGAGCAAGAAUAUUUCAAGAGAUCAGAUGAUGGACAAACACUCAUCUACAUUCCAUGA